AUGCAACAAUCAGAGACCGUUCCUCAGAUAAUCGAAGAAAAGCCUGUUGUGGACCCCCAGUCGGAGAUUCCCAAUAAGUUUAGAGGCCGCGGACUGACCUCUGUGAUUGGGUGUCUGCUGUUUGCGUUCAAUUCCUGGGGUGCAAACUCGGCAUAUGCGAUAUAUUACCAAGAAUACCUAAACAGCGAUGUUUUUCCAGGCACAUCCAAGUACGAGUACGGUAUUGUUGGUGGCUUGACGUUUGGAUCUGGACUCACGUUCGGCCCUUUAAUUAACUUUCUCGUGGGGAAGAUCGGACUCAAGCCUACAAUUGGCAUCGGAGUCGUUUUUCAGUUUGUCUCGCUGAUGCUUGCAUCUUUUGCAACAAAAUUUUGGCAGCUGGCUUUAACACAGGGAGUGUGGCAGGGCCUUUCGCUGGCCCUGAUAGCCAUCCCCAACAUCGUUGUUAUCCCCCAGUGGUUCUCCAGUGGCAAGGGAGGCAAAAGGAACCUUGCACUGGGUUUCUCUGCUGCCGGGUCCGGUUUUGGUGGUAUUCUGUACAAUAUCGGAAUGGAAAAACUAUUGACCAACCAUGGCUACCAAUGGUCUAUGAGAACACAGGCAAUUUUAUGCGCCUUCCUUAAUAUUAUCGCACUCAUCCUUAUCCAAUCCCGCAACAAACAUAUCAAGCCUAUCUUCAAAGUGUACGACAAGGUCGUGUGGACCAACUUUGGAGUCUGGUGUCUGUUUGCCUGGAUCAUGUUCACACUGUUCGGUUAUGUCACGCUCAUGUACAAUCUCGGCGAUUUUACCCGGUCGUUGGGCUACGGAUCCACUGAGGCGUCUGUCGUGUCUACCAUGGUCUCGGUCGGUAUCUUGUACGGAAGACCAUCUAUCGGGCAAGUGUCUGACAUUUUUGGCCCCGUUAAUAUGACCAUCGUGGCCAGCUGGCUCGUGUCGCUAUUCGCACUCGCCAUGUGGAUCCCCUGCCGCAACUACCAGACCGCCCUAGUCUUUGCCCUGUUCGAAGGAUCCCUCAUGGGCACUAUCUGGGUCACCAUGCCCUCGAUGGCUUCUGCUCUUAUCGGAUUACGUAAGCUGGGUAUUGCGAUGUCGCUGGCCUGGAUCGCGUGCGGUUUGUUUGGAUUCACGUCUCCCAUUCUGGGAAUUGCCUUGAAGAAAGACGGCCCCGAGAAUCCGACCCAAUACCAAAACGCUGCUAUUUUCGUUGGUCUUUGCUACUUUGCUGCCGGCGUCAUGCUGGUUAUUAUGAGAGGAUGGAUGCUUGCCAGACGCCAGCUGGUCGACACAACGAAGGAGGAGGAGCUCUGGUCCGUCAGAGUCCCCAUCAGAUCGGCGUUCAUCCGUGUUUUCGACUGGAGAUUCUACAAAGUUUAG